CUGCGCAUGCGUUUAGCGGUCCUCGGAGGGAGGCGGUGGUGAGGAGGAAUUGAGGAGCCGUUAUGGCGGCGGCGUUGCGGAGGCUGUUACACGGUGCGGAAGUGGAACGGGUUCGGCCGGAGCCGGAGCCCCCUCCGCCACCAUGGGGCAUGGAGGUCCGCAGAUGCCCUCUGCAUGGCUGUAGGGCGGACAGGACGCCCCGUGGCGACAAUGGCAGAUACCAGGAGCAGCCCUCUUAUGCCGGAUAUGGCUCCCACUGUUGGAACUCUCAGCCUAGGGCUUCUUACCCAAGUCCAUACCCUGCUGGGCCUGAACUCCAAGGCCAGGGGAUCGAUCAUUCCUAUACAAAUGGUGUUUAUGGCACUCAGUACUCAGCUCCUGGGACAGGACCACCUCCAUAUCCCAGCCUCCCUCAGUCAAAUGCCUACUAUCCUACAGGACAUCCUCAUGCCCCUUAUUCUACAGAGUCUCCUGGAAUGUACCAGUCCCAGUCACCAGCUUCUAACUGGAAUUACCCCCCACCCGACUGCCCGGCUGAAGGGUCUAUGGUGAGGAGGCAAAUAUCAGGAUAUGCCCAGCCUCCGGCACCUGGCUUUCCAGUCUCAUCCUAUCCAUAUGGUGACUGCAAUCAUGGUAUCCCUCAGCAGGGGCCGCCACCGCCACCCCAACCAAGGCUUCAAGAUACAACAUGGCGACCUCCUGGCACUUAUGGGAUGCAGCCUCCUUAUGGCUGGUCUCCUGCAUCAACACAACAUGGGAAUCGAUAUGUUGCUGAAUCUUCUGCACCUUGGCCUACCAAUGGGGCAUCUGCCCCACAUCCUCCAAUUAACAGUGCAAAGGACUCCUCUUACAACCAAUUGGAGCAAGGAACUAACCAGCACAGCUACUUUCCAGAAGCCUCUCACCUGCCUCCUGGGACCAUGAAUGAUCACAAGCUGGCACAGCUUGACACUAAGCCAUCUGCUUCCAGCACCAAAGUGCAGUACAGCGCACAACCCCAGCUGUAUGAUAACGUUCAGAAGAAGCCUGUUCUGAAUGUUGACUAUGGAUCGGGCUUCAAAAGCAAUGGGCAGCUUCCACCAGAACCUUCAGAUGUACAGCCAGGAGUUCAAAAGGUUAUGGACGUUAUGGAAGGAGUUGAACUGCUAGAGGAAGAGGUAGACGAAUUUGUGGGGAAGAAAACCGAUAAAGGCUAUCGGCUACUGGAGGAAAUGCUGACCAAGAAGCUGUUGGAGCUGGACUCUAUAGAGACAGGGGGUCAAGAGAAUGUCCGCCAGGCAAGAAAAGAGGCUGUUCACAGAAUCCAGGCCAUACUGGAAGAACUGGAAAGAAAGGGUCUCUAAGUUGGGGAUAGCAACAGUCCUAAAGUAGAGUCCUGGAGCGCCCAAAGAUUUUUGUCUUUGUUCACUCCCCAGCUGUUUUAACACCCAAAGCAAUAAAUCGUAACUUGAGUUUUGAUUUUAAAAUCACAACACAUGGUGAGCUGAUUGAAACUGAACAACUAUUUCAGACCUAAAUUCUUAGCUUGGUGUUUCUGCAGACGAAUGUAGGCAAAGAGAUUAUCUGCUGACCCUAAUGACUGAAGACUGUAGCUGUAGUAGCUUCCCUAGUUAUCAGCACACUUCACUGGAGAAUUACCAUUCGGUAAGACAUUCUGAGAUAAGGCUGUGAAUCUCUAAAGUCAUCAGCAACUUCUCAGAACAGCUGGGUUAUGUAUCAGUGCAAGGUACAAAGACAAUUCAGUUGCAACACAGCACCAGUAAAAUCAAGACAACAGUCUCUUUAAGAUGCUCCUCUUUGUAUUAUUUACAGUUUCCUCACUGUUAUCAUAGAAAUUGUGUUGUAUUCUGUAUCAUUGGGGUACAUCCUGCUAAAGUGAAGCCCUUCUGAUGAGCCAGUCAGUUGGGCAGCCAAUGCCAGCGUAGCUGUCUUGCUUUUUUCCUGUACUGUGGAAAUAUAAUCAUGAUGCUUUUUAUAAGAUAGGCAGAAGGAACUAAGGAAAAGAUUUGACUUGCCUAUGCAAGAGGCAGUGCUAGCAAGUGAGACAAAUGAUUGUAAGGACUCUGUCCACAAAUGCCCUUGGCCAAAUGUGUUAGUGAUAUUUCACAUGUUUCUUUUAAAAAAAGAUGACUUCUAUCUGUGUAAAUGGUGAUUCUGUACAAUUGCUGUCUGGAGGGGGACAGGUAAGGCUACUACUACUGUAAAUACCUUGUUCAUUGCAAAAGUGGUUCUUGGUCUCCAACGUGAGAAAUAAACCUCCACGUUUUUCUAAUGCUAAGUUUGCAAAUGACAGUAUUGGUGUCAAAUUAAAAUGAUAUUGGGUGUGACCGCA